GUAUCAUCAUCAUCUCAAUUCGAUCUCUGUGAUAUACCCUAUUCGUCUUGCCAGCUUUUUCGAGACAGAUAUUUUUGUUCAUUUUUGGUUAUUUUUGGUUGCACGCAUUUUCAUUGACCAACAGAAAAUGGUUUACGAUUGCUUCUAAUCGGGAGCCUUAUUUCGGAGGCAGGCGCUGUUGGCCGAUGGCGUAAUUUGUGGUGACGUUACCGCGAGCCGCACAACUGCAACUAUCGCUCUCAUCGUAAGAAAACGCCGAAAAUAGUCAGCCGGUAUUCUCAUAAAUGCUCAACCAUAAUUUUGAUAAAUCACAAAAGACAUAUUUUUGGUUCGUAGGUUAAGAGUCUUUCUAUUGGUUCUAUCGUUAAUCGCAAUCGUGUGACAAUGACCUUGCUAGUGUUUUUAAUUGCUGCUGCCCACUGCGUGUAUACGCCUUUUACGAAAGUAGAGGAGAGCUUCAAUCUGCAGGCUAUCCAUGACCUUUUAUACCAUAGGCUCAAUUUCUCCCAAUAUGAUCAUCUCGAGUUUCCCGGUGUGGUGCCGAGAUCGUUUCUAGGCCCACUGUUUGUAUCAUUUCUGGUUUCUCCGGUGGCAGCGGCGCUCGAAUUUCUGGAAGUUAAUAAGUUUUGGAUGCAAUAUGUCGUCCGAUUCGCGCUUGCCGCCACGGUUGUAUUCGCCUGGAACAAGCUCCGCAUCACCAUCCACCGGCGACUGGGUGCGGCCGUCUCGCUCUGGUACAUCCUGAUCACCUUCACCCAGUUUCACUUCAUGUUCUACAUGAGCCGGCCGCUGCCUAACAUCAUGGCCCUGCCGCUGGUGUUGCUGGCCAUCAACUACUGGAUGGUUCGAAGCACUCGGCUGUUUAUUAUUUGUUCGGGAGCUUCUAUCGUCAUAUUCAGGGCUGAGCUGGCCAUUUUAUUGGGGCUAUAUUUGCUGUUCGACAUCUACUAUCAGAGGGUCAAGUUGGACGAAGUUUUGAAAACGGUUAUCACUGUUGGGAUAUUUUUGGUCGUUUUGACCGUUGUUGUGGAUUCGUUUUUCUGGCAACGGCUGCUCUGGCCGGAAGCGGAAGUGUUUUGGUUCAAUACGAUUUUAAACAAGAGCUCCGAGUGGGGCACUUCGCCCUUUCUGUGGUAUCUCUACUCGGCUUUACCUCGUGCCAUGGGACUUUCGCUAGUGUUCGUCCCAUUUGGGCUGGUACUGGAGAGUCGCAUCCGAUCAUUGGUCGUACCACCGGUGGUAUUUGUACUGAUGUUUUCGCUGUUACCGCACAAGGAACUUCGCUUCAUAAUCUACGUGUUUCCGCUGUUCAAUGUGGCGGCUGCCUGUGCCUGUAAUAGGAUAUGGAUCAACCGACAAAAGACAAUCUUCCACAAGUUCCUAGCGUUUGUUGCGGCCGGGCAUCUGUUCGGCAAUGCGUUCCUCACCAUGUUCUUGUUGCUGGUGGCAGGAACCAACUACCCUGGCGGUGUUGCCAUUUCCAGAUUCCAUCGGCUAGCCGCAGGGGAAUCUGGCAUUUCUGUACAUAUCGACAAUCUGGCUGCUCAAAGUGGAGUUUCGCGGUUUUCUCAAAUCAACUCCGAUUGGAUUUACAGCAAAGAGGAAAACCUUUUCCCGGGCAACGAUCGGCUGCAUCGAUUCGAUUUCCUUAUAACGGAGGCGCGAGACAAAUAUUCGGACGAAAUGAAGCUGCUGUACCAAACGCACGAUAUCCUGGAGUUCGUCGAGUGCUUCAACAGCAUCGGGCUGCAGUACAAAUCGAUUUUGCCGGUCAAAAUCAAAACAAAACCUUGCAUUUUCAUCAUGCAACGGAGAGUUGGUUUGGACAAGAACCGAAUCCGGUUGAACUUUGAUGAGAUUUUGGAAACUACUACGAUCGGCGGCAGUGGAGCCUUCGGUGAUCCGGAGUUUCCUACGUUCGAGAUUGAGAAACCCAUAGACCAAGGACAGUUCGAUGAUGAUGUGGACUUUGAGGAUGAGGUUGAAGAAAACGGUGAAGAUGAUCAGGAUGAUGAAGACGAUGAAUAUGAGUAUGACGAAGAAGAUACGGAACCACAAGAAUCAAACGAUACCGAAGAAAAGGAAGCAAAAAUUAUCCCAACAGAAUCUCUAAACAAAGCGAGCCAACAGCAAGGAAAACCUUUAAAAGUAGGUUCGAGGCAGCGAAUCCGGCAAAUCCUUGAGGAAAAUGCCCAUCUUCUCCAGGAAGAUGAUCGACAUGAAACAAAGGAGCAAAAGCGCGCCAAGGUAACGUCCCUGCUUCAAAAGGCUACCUCGUCUUCGAAGCUUCGAACGGCUCAGAAAAUUGUCAAAGAAGAACGGCUUAAGCAGUUGACCAGUGAUCUGUCCAAGCUCGAUUUCAACCAGCUGUGCAAUCUGGAUCGAAUGUCCACUCGGGAGUGUUUGAAUAAAAUUAUCAAUGAUCAAGUGAUGGGAGAUGAUGAUGAUGAUGGCGAAAGAGAUGAGGGUGAACUGUAGAUUUGGCUGAGGAAACAGGAGCUGUGAAAAUACGCUAAACAUCGAAAGAAACCUUACAAUUGGUAUUAAGUUAAAACAGAGAAUUUACUUAAUUCAAAAUUUUUCCAAGAAAGACAAAAAGAGCAAGCUGCAAUUGUGUAAAACGGAGUUGGGAUGUGAA